GGGGGGAGUGGGCUUGUUUCUGAGUAUUUGUUUUCAGAGUCUCUUGAAAAUCUCCACGGGUCACUUCCACUUUCCAGAGUUUGAAAACCUCUCUCAAAAGGACAUUCUGCCGUUUGGAAAGACGGACUAUGUUGGGAACAGUUUAAGCCGCCCCUUUCCUGAGCUUGGACGCAUCGUAUGUUCAGGUCGAGACGCUCAGUUGUUGUGCGGAGACUGUGGCAGAGUCGUUGCCCGUCUGUGACGGGUCCCAAGCCCGGAGGGGAGAAUGUGGAUCAGGAGGCGCUGAGCGGCCUGAAGCUUGCCACCCACUCCCUCUUCAAGCGGCUGAGGGACGAGCAGCUGGAGCUGUUGGCGCUGGCGCUGGAAGCCCAAGACACCGAUGACCGCACCGACUGUGUCUGCUUCCCCAGGAGCGAGCUGCGGAUCGGGAAGCAGCAUUACUGGCCUCAGCUGCUGACCUGCAAACUGUUCCGCUGGCCCGACCUGAAACACCUUUACCAGCUCAAGUGCCUGUGCAUCUGUGACUGCUGCUGGAGGGCUUCUGGGAACAACACCACAGUCUGCUGUAACCCUUACCACUUCAGCAGGCUGUGUGAGCCAGAAACCCCUCCACCUCCGUACUCAAAACUGUUGCUAAGCAACCAUAGGAAGAGCGUCGAUGACCCAACUGAACGUGAGACCACACACCAACUCAGAAGGAAUGAGCCUACCAACCACCAGAAUCCAGACUGGCUGGAUUCCAGCUCGUUGCUGGUGGCGACCAGAGACGAGCACUGGUGCAGUGUGGCCUACUGGGAGUACCGACGCAGGGUAGGCCGCAUGUACGUCGUCCGCGAGACCUCCGUCAGCGUCUUCUGUGACCUGCCGCGCGGGACAGGCUUCUGCCUGGGGCACCUCCACGCCGAUGGGAGGCACGAGCUAGUGAGAAGGACCAGGGGCAAGAUCGGCGGUGGGAUCCUGCUGAGCAAGGAGGGCGAUGGGGUCUGGGCCUACAACCGCAGUGAGCACCCCGUCUUCGCCAGCUCACCCACACUGCUGAGGGGCCGGGCGCGGAGCCCCUCCGUGCACAAGGUGUUGCCCGGCUACUCCCUCAAGGUUUUUGACUACCAACGGGCCCGGGCCCUGCAGCGGUCACUGAGCCCUGAGCUCUCCGAUGGCCCCUUCGACCCCCACAGUGUCCGCAUCAGCUUCGCCAAAGGCUGGGGGCCGUCCUACUCCAGGCAGUUCAUCACAUCGUGUCCCUGCUGGUUAGAGAUACUGCUGAACCACUCCUAAUGGGGAAUCAGACCCCCACUGACACACAGGCACACUCACACACACACACACACACACACACACUCUGACACACACACAC